AUGUAUGCUGCGAUUGGUAGUGAUGAGGAUGACUGUUACCGGUGUUUCCCGCCCGACCCGGGCAUUGGUACUGCCGCGUCAGGUACUAGUGAGGCUGCUGCUCUAGGUGCCAGUGCGUCUGUGCUCUCAGGUGCUGGUGAGUCUGCCCUCUCAGGUACUGUGUCGGCUUCGGCCUCUCACACCUUCACCCUUGACUCUGGAGCGUCUCGCUCCUUCUUUAGGGACCGCACCACUCUCACGCCGCUGAGUCGGCCGGUUGCGGUGUCCCUGGCUGACCCCUCUGGGGGGCCUGUCCUUGGUGCUGACCUCCAGGAUGCGGGUGUCCACCAGUUCACCCCUGCUCGUCAGCGGGUGACCCACUGCACGGAGGCGGAUACAGGUCGCCACCUGGCUACGUUUACACGUCGGCCAGGGUCGAGCCUGUACACACUGACCACUGCUUCUCCUCCAGGUGCUGAGUCUGGUAGGGUCCCUUCGUCUGGUCAGGUGUUUGCUGCAGCGUCCAGGUCUGGUCCUGAGUCUGCCCCCUGCUCGUGCCGUCGUCUGUCUCACGAGACCCUCCUCUGGCACCACCGCCUUGGCCACCCCUCUCUGCUUCGGCUCAGAGGCAUGGCCUCGCGAGUCCUUGUGUCUGGUCUUCCCCGGUCUCUCCCUCCCCUUCCUCCGGGCCCUGGCCCCACCUGUGUCCCCUGUGUCGAGGGGCGCCAGCGUGCUGCCCCUCACUCCUCCCAGUUUCCUCCGACAGAGGCCCCGUUGCAGACGCUUCACAUGGACGUGUGGGGCCCAGCCCGCGUCUGUGGACAGGGUCAGGAGCGCUACUUCCUACUGGUGGUUGACGACUACUCGCGUUACACCACAGUCUUCCCCUUGCGCAGCAAGGGUGAGGUCACUGAGGUGUUGAUCGACUGGAUCCGCGCAGCUCGUCUCCAGCUUCGGAGGAGCUUUGGCUCUGACUUCCCUGUUUUGCGUCUGCACUCGGACAGAGGCGGAGAGUUCUCCUCUGGCCUCCUGAGUGCCUACUGUCGUGCGCGAGGCAUCCGUCAGACCUUCACGCUUCCGGACUCACCACAGCAGAAUGGGAUUGCUGAGCGCCGCAUUGGCAUGGUCAUGGACGUCGCUCGUACGUCCAUGAUGCAUGUGGCUGCUCCCCAUUUUCUGUGGCCGUUUGCGGUCAGUUACGCUGCGCACCAGAUCAACCUCCACCCCAGGGUCUCUCGACCGGAGACCUCCCCAGCCCUGCUGUGGACGGGGAAGGUUGGCGAUGCGUCGGCGUUCCGGGUCUGGGGAUCUCGGGCGUUUGUUCGCGACCUGUCUGCGGACAAGCUGUCCCCUCGUGCUUCUCCCUGCGUCUUCCUGGGGUUCCCCCCCGACGCCCCUGGGUGGCAGUUUUACCACCCCUCCUCUCGACGUGUUCUGUCCUCCCAGGACGUCACGUUCGACGAGUCGGUACCCUACUACCGCCUCUUCCCCUACCGCACUCCGUCCCUCCCCCCACCCCCGCUCUUCUUGACGCGGUCGUGCCUGUCGAGGUCACUGGUGACUCUGGUGCUGCUGCGGGAGCUGAGCCUGGGGGUGCGGAGUCUGGGGGUGCUGAGCCUGGAGGUGCCGAGUCUGGGGGUGCUGAGCCAAGGUGGUGCUGUGCCUGGGGGUGCUGAGCCUGGAGGUGCUGAGCCUGGGGGUGCUGAGCCUGGGGGUGCUGAGCCUGGGGGUGCUGUGCCUGGGGGUGCUGUGUCUAGGGGUGCUGAGCCUGGAGGUGCUGUGCCUGGGGGUGCUUCGUCUAGCCUGGAGCCACUCUCCCCACGGGAGCUGCGUGAGUGGUUUGCCAGGCGCUGGAGGCGUGCUGCUGGUGCUGGUGGUUCUUCGGCUGCAGAGGGUACUGCUGCUGCGCGCCCCGCCGGUGCUCGUACUGUGGGUGCUGGAGCUGCUGAGUCUGAGAGUUCUCCUGGAGCUGGUCCUGCUGAGGGUGUUGGCGCUGAGCCUGCCGUUGGCGGUCCGACUGACAGUGCUCCUGGUGCUGCGGCUGGAGGUUCUGGAGCUUCUGGUGGUGCUGCUGGAGGUACUGCUGGAGUGGGUACACCUGCCGGGGCUGCUGGUGCUGUUCCUGCUGUUUCUAGCGUCGCCGCGCGGCCCCGACCGUACUUCGUUCCGCUCCUGCAGCAGGUUCUUGGUCUUACACCUCCUCCUCCUCCUCCCUUAGAGGGUCCGCAGCCUGUCCGGUCACAGCCACAGCUACAGCCUGCCUCCCCUUUGCCUGCUCCUUCUCCCUACGCUGGUCCUACUGGAGGUCUUACUGAGCGUCGUGAGCCUGCGUCUCGUCCUGUGUCGCCUCCUUCUCCUCCUGCUUCCUCUCUUCCUGCUCUUGCCGACCCGGAGUCGGACUCUCUUCGUGCUGCCAGUCCUACUGUCACGCGUCUCCUUGCUACUACUGUCACUGACCCUUUCUUCGAGUCGUCUGCUGCGUCUGCCCUUGUCACUGAGCUUGUCGACUUUGCUGCGCGCUGUCGUCUAGACUACGCUGCUCGACUUGUCACUGAGUCUGAGUCCGCCUGUCCUCCGUCCGUCGGGGGUGAGUGUGCCCUUGGCACGGACGUCCUUGAGGACAGGCAGGAGGAGUUCCAGUGUCUGGCAGCUGCUUCACCUCAUCUCGUGUCCGUACUGCUUACCCCUGAGGGAGACCCGGAUGCACCAGACAUCCCGACUCCGCGCUCUUACGCGGAGGCGAUAGAGGGUCCCUACUCCUCUUAUGGCAUGUGGAUUUUCAGGGUGAAGCGGCCGCCGGGUUCUCCGCCUGUCUUCAAGGCGCGUUACGUGGCUCGUGGCUUCAGUCAGCGGCAGGGGGUUGACUACUUUCAGACCUUCUCCCCCACCCCGAAGAUGACCACUCUUCGGGUUCUGCUGCACGUUGCUGCUCACCGUGACUACGAGCUCCACUCUCUCGACUUCAGCACAGCUUUCUUGCAGGGCAGCCUGCACGAGGAGAUCUGGCUGCGUCGCCCACCUGGCUUCACUGGGUCCUUCCCUCCUAGUACCCAGUGGAGUCUCCGGCGUCCAGUCUACGGUCUCCGCCAGGCGCCACGUGAGUGGCACGACACACUGAGGACUACGCUCGCGGCACUUGGGUUUGCUCCUUCCACUGCCGACCCGUCGCUGUUUCUGCGCACCGACACCUCUCUGCCGCCGUUCUACAUCCUCGUGUACGUCGACGACUUGGUCUUUGCCACAGCUGACACUGCUGGACUCGCCUACGUGAAGUCCGAGCUGCAGAAGAGACACACGUGCACUGACCUGGGUGAACUGCGCAGCUACCUUGGCUUGCAGAUCACCCGGGACAGAGCACGCCGCACCAUUACCCUGACUCAGUCACACAUGGUGCAGCAGGUCCUUCAGCGCUUCGGCUUCACGUACUCCUCGCCUCAGGCCACUCCUCUGCCUACUCGCCACUCGCUCUCAGCUCUGCCUUCAGAUGAGUCCGUAGAGUCGAGUGGCCCGUUUGCAGAGCUUGUUGGCUGCCUCAUGUACCUGAUGACCUGCACACGACCUGACCUCGCAUACCCUCUUAGCAUUCUCGCACGCUUUGUUGCUCCUGGGAGACACCGACCAGAGCACAUGGCUGCAGCGAAGAGGGUGUUGCGCUACUUGUGCAGUACGUCGGGCAUGGGGCUAGUGCUUGGAGGGCGCAGUCCAGUGGUCCUCACUGGGCACGCAGACGCUUCUUGGGCUGACGACCAGGCUACGCAGCGGUCGUCACAGGGUUACACCUUCAGCCUUGGUUCCGGCUCUGUCUCGUGGCGGGCUACCCGCUCGUCUUCUGUUCUCGGCUCCAGUUGUGAGGCUGAGAUCUACGCUGGGGCUAUGGCUGCACAGGAGUUACGCUGGCUCACCUACCUGCUGACCGACCUUGGAGAGCAGCCUCGUUCUCCUCCAGUCCUGUACGUAGACAACAAGGCCAUGCUGGCCUUGUGUCGAGAGCAGCGACUGGAGCACAGAACGAAGCACAUUGCUCUUCGCUACUUUCUUGCUCGUGAGCUACAGCAGCGUGGACAGCUGCGACUUGCGUACGUGGCCUCUGAGGCCAACACUGCUGAUGUCUUCACCAAGGCACUUGCGCCUUGUGAUCAUCAGCGUUGCUGCACGCAGUUGGGUCUUGUGCCUGUCUUACCUCACUUGCUCUCCUCUUGA